AUUAUAUUGCCCGAGCGGCAAGUGCAGUGGUAUUGUCGACUUUAGAUUUCAAAUACUUUAAAGUAUUAUUAUUUCUUAUAGUGCGAUGUUUAUUUUGAGAUAUCAGAGUCAAAUCUUUAUUACAAUAUGUGUAUACAUCGGUCAAAUGUUGGCAGGAUAUCUGCUUAGUUGGACAGCUCCAGUGGUCCCAAAACUUGAGGACCCCAGCCAAUCGCCUCUCUCCCGAUCACUCAAUGACGUGGAAAAAUCAUUGUUAGCCUCUGUCAUUUACAUUACCGGAUUUCCAGGUGUGUUCUUCACGAGUUGGUUUGCAAAUUACAAAGGUCGAAAGCCAGGCUUAAUAAUUGGAGCAUUUGUAAUUCUCAUUUCUUUUCUUAUAUUAGUUCUAGCAACUAACUUCACUACCUUAUUAAUUGGACGAUUAGUAACUGGUCUUGGAUUAAGUUUUGGUGGUGUUUUAACAACAGUGUACCUGGGUGAGAUUACUUCAACUAAUAUUCGUGGUAUAGUAUUGACUGGACUGGGAAUUAUACAAACUUUAGGUUCACUAUUUAUGGUAGCAGUUGGACCUUAUGUUUCAUACGCUGUUAUAUGUUAUAUAGGUCUCAUAAUAUCAGCUAUUUAUGUUAUAGCAAUGUUCCUAAUACCUGAAUCUCCUGUGUUUUAUGUUUUAAAAGAUGACGAAACAAAGGUACAAACAGUACUCAAAAUAUUAAAUAGAGAGUCUGCAAUACAAGAAGUAGUAGAUCUGAAUAAAAACAAAGUUGUAACAAAUGCUAAAGAAGAUUGGAAAGAAUUGUUCACUUUGAAAUGUAAUAGAAUGGGUUUAUUUGUUACAGCUACAAUAAUGGCUUUACAUUAUGUUAGUGGUAUUUUGGUUAUAUCAUUUUUUGUUACGACAAUUUUCCAAGCGGCUGGAUCAUCAAUCGAACCAAAUGUAGCAUCUAUAAUUAUUGGUUGUACGCAAUUAGUUGGUAGUUCAUUAGCUCCAUUUUUUAUAGAAAGAUCUGGAAGAAGAAUAUUAUUGCUGAUAUCUACUGCCAUUUGUUGUAUUAGUAUGACGUUAUUUGGUGUAUAUUUUUACUUGAGCCAUAUUGAAUCGCCGAUCGUGGAGCAUAUAAAAUGGCUGCCAUUAACGUUGUUAAUUAUUUUUUUCUUAAGUAAUAACAUGGGCUUUGGGACCAUUCCCAGUACGCUAACAGGCGAAAUGUUCAGUUGUAACGUCCGAAGUAAAGGCACAGCUGUCGUCAUCGCCAUAUCCUGGAUCUGUGGCUUCACCGUCACCACCCUGUUCAACUCCAUGCUGACCCUUGGUGCUCAUUUCGUGUUCUGGUUCUUCGCGUUUACAUGCUGCUUGGCGUUCCUUUUCACUGUCUUCUUCGUUCCUGAGACUAAAGGCAAGAGUCUUGUUGAGAUACAAGAAAUGUUGAGUAAAUGAUGUGAUAUGUGUUUUAAUAUCUUACCAUUGAAAAUAAAAUGAUGCUCAUUGUGAUAGGUGCAAGCAAGUAGGAACAGAUACUACUGCAGGUGUGGGUAAUUGUUA